GGAGAAGUUUUGAAGGAAAAAAUCAACUUGUAUGAAAAAUGCUUUUCCUCUGUGGGUGGGACUGAAGUGAGCAGAGGAUGGGUGGGUCCUGCUGUUGGACACUCACUCGUUCACUCCGAUCAUCUACUCUUCAGGAAUAUAGCCGAUCUGCGGGAGUUUGGAGGACAAUAUCGCAGGAGAUCGCGGCUGUUCACGGGCUUAUUCGUUAUAACAUCGCUUAGCGAGUCCGCUGACGCUUCACACCGCCGAAGAGGUUUAAUAACACAUGAUUGUUUUAAAGGAGGACUGAAUGUGGAUAUGGCCUCAUCUUUCCAUCUGCCGAGAAGCAACAGCACCAGAGAAACCCUCGAGAACACGAGCAGCGAGUCUUCAGAUAAUGAAACCGCAGAAAAGGAGAGGUCCGUCGAGCAGAAAAGCGACGAUGGAAACUCGGAUGAGUCCAAGAAAAAGAAGCAGAGACGGCAGAGGACUCACUUCACCAGCCAGCAGCUCCAGGAGCUCGAGGCCACUUUCCAGAGGAACCGCUACCCGGACAUGAGCACCCGGGAGGAGAUCGCGGUGUGGACCAACCUCACCGAGGCGCGGGUCCGGGUUUGGUUCAAGAAUCGAAGGGCGAAAUGGAGAAAGAGGGAACGGAACCAGCAGAUGGACCUGUGUAAGAACACUUACCUGCCGCAGUUCAGCGGAUUAAUGCAACCCUAUGAUGACGUGUAUCCGGCCUACACCUACAACAACUGGACCAACAAAGGACUGGCCCCAAACCCACUGUCCACGAAGAACUUUACCUUCUUUAAUUCCAUGAGUCCCCUCACGUCCCAGUCCAUGUUCUCCGCCCCGACCUCGAUCUCGACCAUGAGUAUGGCGUCCGGGAUGGGACACUCCGCCGUGCCUGGCAUGCCGACGACCGGCCUCAACAACAUCGGCCUGAAUAACUCCGCGAUCAGUCCCGCGAUGAGCUCGUCCACAUGCCCGUAUGGACCUCCGGGCUCUCCGUACAGCGUGUACAGGGACACGUGCAACUCCAGCCUGGCGACGUUAAGACUCAAAUCUAAGCAACACCCGUCGUUUGGAUACAGCGGUCUUCAGAGUCCCGGCUCGAGUCUGAACGCGUGCCAGUACAACAGUUGACCAGUUAAACUGGCCUAACCCUAGCAGUUGACCAGUUAAACUGACCUAAUCCGGACAGUUGACCAGUUAAACUGCAAUGAACGGAUACCUGGAGAAUUGACAACCAUGCUGGAUUAGAUGCGUUUGGCAUUUUGCAGUGGAAUAUGCGGAUUGUCUGUGUUUACGUAAACUUGCACAACAAUUUAAAUCCAUUAUUUGGAUUGCAACGUUUUGAAGACAAGUAAAACUCAUACAUUGUACAUAUAUAUAUAAAACGUGGAACAAACCUGAAAAUGAUGGUAUCUCCGAGCGGGAACAGUGAACACAUUAGCGCGGGAAAGGCCGCAGUAGAUUAUAGUCUUCAGUUGUGUUUGAGUCCCGUUCUCUUAAUUGUAUUAAUUGUCUUGCAGAGGUUUUGUUGUCCUCGUGCUUCUCAUCGACAGUCUGGAUUCUGUCCUCGUUGUUUCGUUGUGUCGAUAGAUUUACCGCAUGCUUUCUCCGAGUGGGAAUAAAAUGUAAAAAAUUAUAUGAAUGUGUAGACAAAAAACAAAGCUAUAACUUUAUGUUGUACUCAUGUUGAUGGAAAAUUGUGCUUAUGUUUAUGGUAAUGUUUGAAUAAACCUCAAAACAAAGAAUUUCUAAAA